AUGUUUUUCUACCGGGUAACUGACAAAGACUCCGUUGCUGCAUUUGAACCGGGACAAGGUUUUAUCGCAGGGAAUACUUCUUCCCGAGUAACACUGGAUCCCCUUAUACAAGACGAUGCUAUAGAGCUCGUGGAAUAUAUCCAGCGACAUCUGAACUGGAAGAACAGAUACCCGACACCGUUCAUUUCCGCAUAUCUUGAUUUCGACACGGCCAAAACCGAAGCACUGCGCCGGGUGAACGAUGGCAAGAAGAGUGUCGUUCUCUGGAAAAUCUGCUUGGAUGAGGAUGACGAUCUUGAAUGGGCAACAAUAUACGACCUAAAAAGAGAACUGGGGUUUUGGAUUCAAGAUAACGCAUUCCACAAUGCCAAGUACGAAGCCCUGUUUGUGCGUAAAAUCCCACGAGACUACGUUGUCAGAGGCGAAAGGUACACGAAUCGGCAAGGAAAGUGGACCGGCGGAAAGUGGUUCCAUAUCAACCAUCCCUUUCACUGA